CAGCGCACCACGCCCCCGACCAAACUCUUUUUUUCGAUAUUUCAAAAACUUCCCCAAAUUUCGAUCCCUCCGCCAAAAUUGCCACCUUCUCUCUCACACACUCACGCACCAGCAUUUCUCCCACUUUCACUUUCUAAAGCCGCCGCCCCCGCCCCCGCCAAUGUUGUUGUUCCGGUCGGCUUGAUUUUUGAUGGCCACCUCAGCAUUUAAAUCAACUACCAAGAGGUUAUCUGUCGGCGGCGGCGGCGGCGGGAGCUCAUCCGGAGCGUCCGCUGAUGACUCCUUCAGCUCGGGUAAUAAUGACACAGCUAAAGCUCACCGCCGGUCGAGGAGUCUGAGCCAGUUCUCGCGACGGCUUCCCUUGGAGCUAGAAGAGGAGAGUUCAAGUACGGCUGCAGCUGAUUAUAGAGGUGCACCGAGGGGCAAGUUCGUGAAUACCACUCGAGGAUCGGAGGCUUUGGAGAUUAGUCUCGAUGAUCUAGCUCUCGAAUUUUUCUCUAGUAAUAGUACUAAUGGUGACGAGGCAACUGAGAGCGGUGAGAGAGGGAGAAGCCGCUCGGCCAGGCGUGGCCCGGAAAUUGGGCGUUGGGCGAGUGAUACAGCGUCGUCCAGGAGGCGUGGGAGGUCCGUUUCUAGACAUCGUGACGGUGUUGAGCAUAAAAAGGUGGUUUCGGGUGGUAAUGAAAGCAAAAUUGGAACUUCUGAGGCAAAUUCGAGGCGGAGGAGAUCGCUUUCGGUGGCGCGGCAUCGAAUUAGUGACUCAGAGGUUGUGUCAAAUUGUACCGGAAGCAAAAUUGGAACUUCCGAGCCGAAUUCGAGGCGGAGAAGAUCGCUCUCAGUGGUGCGCCAUCGGGUUAGUGACUCAGAGAAUGAUGCAUUUCGAAAUUCUCAGAGUCAUUACAGUGUGAAGAGUAUCAACAGCUGGAACAGCCAAAUUCAGAAGACAUCAGCUUCAGCGGAUCGGCGAUUGCAAAAGUCAGCCAGCCAAAAAGAUCUUGCUCAUUUACAUGAUGGAUAUUCUAGUCACUCUUCAGCCUUAACUGAUGAGGAAACAAAGGAUGCUCGAUGUGGGAAAAAUGGAGCUGAGAGAACUAUUCGAACAGUUUAUGCUCAGAAGGCUCAACAUCCUAAUGAGAGUGUUAUAAAUAGUGGGUUAUAUGAAGUGAUGUGCAAAGAACUAAGAUAUGCUGUUGAAGAAAUCCGAACUGAACUUGAACAUGCCAGGGUAAAAAAUGAUAAUGGAGUGCCCUCGGACUCUAAUGGUCUUCAGGCGUUAGAAAGUUAUGCAACAAAGUUGGAGCAGUCUCGGAAGCGUAAACAAGAUUUACUUGCUGAAAUGUUGUUGGAGGAGCAGCAUGGUCGGGAGCUUUCAAAAAUUGUUAAAGAAUUACUUCCCGAUUCAAAAUGCGUGUCUGAUGGUAAAAAACCAGCCAGAGCCAGAAAGAGGAGUACAGACAGAAAUAGGAUGUCUAAACGAUUGACUGAGGAGGCGGAGAGAUACUUUGAGGACUUCAUCUCAAAUGUGGAAGAUACUGAUAUAUCUUCAUUUGAUGGAGAAAGAAGUGAUGGGAGUUCAACUUUAGGAGGAAUGACAAAGCCAAGAGAUUCUACAAUUAGGAAUACUGAAGGUUUCCAGAGCCCAAUAGGAUGUGAUCCACAUCCUGUGGAGAUGGAGGGCAUUAUUUUGCCUUGGUUACAGUGGGAGACUAGUAAUGAUGGUUCUGUAUUGGACAAGGUCAGAAAACACACUCCCAUAACUCCAAAAACUUUGCAAUGGGAUGCAGAACAGGCUAUAUCCGUGAAACGAGAUCUUAGUCAUUACUCCAUCAGUAGUCAUGGGAGUUCGAGCCCAGGAUUUAUCAAUGUUCAUUCGGUGAACUCAAGUGUGGAUGAUAGAGAGAAAUCUAGGGACUCUGGAAUUCGCCUGAUGUCAAGCUUCGACAUGUCAGAGUAUCUUUUGCCUCGCCAGAAUGAUGAACUUCUGUAUGAAAGGUACAAAGAGCGAAACCGAAUAAAUUCAGGCGGUCUUUUGCUCUGUAGUAAUGUGCUCUAGUUUAGUUUCUCAAAGAAUAUGUAGAUCCAAUGUACAAUGAGUGAGUGCAACUGCAUGACAUUUGUAGUAUUGACCGUGGCAGCUAAAUUGGUCCCGCUAGACUGCAUAAUUCUUUUGUAUUUACAUCUCCUUUCCAUUUCCCCUAACAAAUAAGCCAAUAUUCAGCUUGUUUGCUUGGAGAUGUAAGCUUGGUUGUAAGACUAAAGAAGAGGUACAUAAAGGCUAAAGCCAUUUUUAGUUCGA